GUUAGAUUGCUAUGCGGAAAGCGGCUUCGACUUGCACAAUAAGCUUUAAACCUCUGUUUGUUGAUGAACAUGGGUGUCCUAUCAAAAUAUUUCUAUCUCCCCGUCUGUCCAAAAAGCAGACAACCAAAUUGGGGAAGCGCAUCAAGGAUCAUGGUGGAGAAGUAUGGCCUUCUCUUCAUGGUGCCGCUUAUGCUGUUCUUUGUACACCCAUUACUGUACUUGAACAAUUACACCUGGAGAUGUACAGGAAGGCUUGUCCUGUGACACCUGAAUGGAUCUUUGAUUGCGCUGGGCACAAUGAAUUGCCAUUGCUGGAUAGCCGGAAUUAUGCACCUCCAUUACCACUCGUUCGACAACCCAUUCUUCCAAAGCUGAACCCUGUUAUUGGGGACAUUUUAAAAAGAAUCCCACCACCACCUCCAAAAUGCCCUCAACCUCCCAGCAUUGACCAACAGGCACUACAACAGCCAAGACAAUUGCCACCCAGGCCACAAGUCCAGGGCCCCCAGAAUCUCUAUACUUAUGAUGUUCCCAAUGACAUGGUGCACAACUACCUAACAGAGGAGGAUGCUGCAAUGCCACGAGAUAGGGGGAGUGAGGAGAUUGGUGGUUCUUUGCCAUUUCUUCUUUCUGGGCCAUCCACCUUUGACCAUGGUCCACAGCACUUUCAAGAUGAGGAGAUGGAGGUCCUAGACACUCUAGGGGGGAAUGAGAUUGACUUUCCUGAUACAAGUCAGCCCCUUGCCUCCACAUCAUCUAGUAGGGAGGUUCUUGAUGAGCCAAGUCCUAACAAACUAAGGGGAAUUUUCCAAUUCUUACUGGUUCUUGUGUCUAUGGGGCCAGAUGCCACUAAGCAGGGCUUGAUUCAGAUAAAGGGUUUUCUAGAGAAUCACCCAAGUGGCAGUCCUGCUGUUAGUUUGGAGAGCUUGGAGGCCCUUACUGAGUUCCUGAGGGCUGAGGGUGCAGAUCCACCAGUGCCAAAAUGGAUAGAAUUCAGUGAAACCCAGGGUUCUAUGCAUCCAAUAUAUGAAUGGCUACAAAUUUUUAUGUCCACUGGAAAAUAUAUCAUUGAGAUUGAUCAGGGGGCCACCCCAGGAUUGAGAUUAGAUCAGCUCAUACAUAUGUCACCUGAAUUAUACCUAUAA